CCCCAGCCGCUCCAUAGCCAGUGCUCCGCCGGCCGGUUCCACACCAGGCAGACUCUUGCCUUUCGCUCUUCCGCGCGUCGCGUUUGUUGCGUCCGAUCGUCGUGUGCGUCUGUCAGUUUGUGCGCGUGUCCAGUUUUGUCGUGCCUUAUUGCUGCUCCGAGAUGGCUCCCGCCAUCGAUAUUAUCGAGUCGUGCUGUGACGCCAAGACGGCGCUGCUCUCUGACAUCGACGAGCUGCCAUGCAUCCACCUGGGCGACUUCACGCUCACGUUCGAGCUGGGCGAGAUGAACGACCACUGCAGGGAGGUGGCGCUCAAGGAGCUGCGCGAGACCAGCGAGAACGUCGGCCCCGCCCUGGAGCGCCUCCGCGAGCUCCUAGCUGAGGACAAGGACAUCGUUGUGCCGAUGGACAACGACGCCUGGCUGGUGCGCUUCCUCAGGCCGUGCAAGUACUACCCGGAGAGCGCGUACGAGCUGAUCAAGCGGUACUACUCGUUCAAGGAGAAGCACAGCAGCGUCUACCGAGACCUCCUCCCCAGCAAGGAGCGCAACAUCUUCGAGGCCAACAUGCUGACGGUGUGCCCCAACAGAGACCAGUUGGGCCGCCGCAUCCUCGUCCUGGAACUCGGCAAGAAGUGGAACCACAAGAAGACGACGCUGGACGAGGUGUACAAGGGCUGUGUGCUCUUCCUGGAGGCCGCCAUGCUGGAGCCCGAGACUCAGGUCUGCGGCGCCGUCGUCAUCUUCGACAUGGACGGCCUGAGCAUGCAGCAGGUGUGGCAGUUCACGCCGCCCUUCGCCAAGAGGAUAGUGGACUGGCUCCAGGACAGCGUGCCGCUCCGCGUCAAGAACAUCCACAUCAUCAACCAGCCGUACAUCUUCAACAUGGUGUUCGCCCUCUUCAAGCCCUUCUUGCGCGAGAAGCUCAGGAGCAGGAUCAUUUUCCACGGCACGGACAGGGAGUCCCUCCACAGCUACGUGAGCCCCAAGUGCCUCCCGGACGUGUACGGCGGCAGCGUGGCCCUCCCGCGCAUCAGCGGGCUGCAGUGGUACGAGCUGCUCCUCAAGUGCGACAAGGAGUACGAAGCAAUCAACUCCUUCGGUCUGAAGAAGAGCUUAGAAGAUGUACCGGACAAGAAGGGAAAGAAGAAGUAAAUCUUCUGUUUCUGUAUUCGUUUUUAAUGUUUGUGUACAAAUCUCAGAAAUAUUUUAUCACUAAAGUAUUUCCCGAAGCAUUUGUCUUCGCUCUCUUUAGUUGUAAAAAAUCCACAGGGUUUAGUGAUAGCUCAAGUUAUCCCUCAU